UUGGAGCUGUCGGUUGUGUUUCCGGGUCUGGUUCUGUCCCGCAGGAGACGCGGCGGGACCGCGAAGACACGAUGAUCGAUAGAGAUCAAUAAAGAUCGAUAAAGAUCAAUAAGUGAGCGAUGCCAGAGGCGGAAGCACCUGUCUGUCGUCAUGUCCAGACAGAGGAGUUCAGCCAAAACUCUGAUCAUCGCAGACGCAGAUGAGGAGGUGGAGGCGGAGGAGCUGAACCCGUUCUCCUUCAGAGAGUUUCUGCGCUGGAAAAGCCAGGAUCCAGAGCAGAACCAGGACCAAGACCUGGACCAGGAGCAGACACACAGCAAGUCCAGCAGCUCUCAGAGGGCGUUGGACGCUGGGAGCGUGACCUUUGACCCUGAGGUCAGGAGCUGUUUCUUCUCUGAACCCUCUCUGGCACCACAGGAGGAUGACGAGUGGGGGCAGAGCGUCCAGUCAGGUGUGGACAGCACCUCCUCCCUCUGCACAGAGGAAGAGGAGGAGGAAGAGGAGGAGACCAGGUUCUCCUCCAAACCUGAAGUCCAGCAGGGAGGAGCAGGAGGAGCAGGAGAGAACUAUGAAGGAGAUGAUGAGACCUCCAUUGCUGAACCGGUCACCUCCUGCAGGAGGAGGAGCGGGAGGAGCAGCCAGAUACAACAGUUGAAGGAGGAGAACAUGUUGUUGAGGAGAACCAUCAGGGAGCUGCAGAGGAGAUCAGAGGUUAACGAACGCAGGGUGUUAGAGCUGUCGGAGGAGCUGCUCCAGAGGAGGCGUCAGGAGGAGAAGGAGGCCCAGGAUUUGGAGAACAUGGUUCACUCUGUGGAGCAGAACCUCCACCUGAUGACGAAGCGAGCAGUGAAAGCAGAGAACAGUGUUUCCAAACUGAAGGUGGAGCUGCAGCAGCUGCAGGUGGAAGUCGACUCUCUGCGGUCGGAGAACGACGGUCUGAAGGCAGCUGAGUCUGAGGUCGUCGUGACGAUGAGACGCAAUGCUCAGGUGGCGUCCGAGUACCUGAACAAGACAGCAAGCCACGCCCACGCCACCAUCCGUCAGCUGUUGGGGGAAGCAGAGACUCUCCGUUUGGUCUCUCAGUUGCUGCAGUCCAUCGACAAGAUCUCCAACCUCAACUCAGAGUCCUGAACUCCUCCAGACCACCAGGUCUCUUUCAGACCUCCUCCAGACCCUGGUCUCUGACAGACAGGAGGACGUGGUUGUCAUGGAAACAGCCCUGAAAGGACAAACUGAGGUCAGCAGGUCCCGUCUGUCCAUCCUCUCUCUUCAUCUCAGCAGGUGGAGGACUUCUGGCUGCUGAUUGGUCGGUUUGUUGGCUGGCACCAGACUGAUCAAUGAGUUUAUCGCAGAACAGUUUGUUUUAUUUACAGUGUCAUUAAAUAUAAAGUCGAACUUGAAGGGGAAACACCUGCAGCUUGUUUUUAAAUCCCGUUUGAUUCUUGUUAUUAAUUAUGAAUUAAUUCUGCAGCAGUAAACAGGAGGACCUGCUUAGCUUAGCAUAAAGACUGGAAACAGCUAGCCUGGCUGGAAACUAAAUCCAGCCACCGGCAGCUCUAAAGAGAUGGUUAACACGUUAUAUCUGCUUUGUUUAAUCUGAAAUGUAAAAACCAAAGUGUUUGGUUUCGGGGGGGUUCUGGACAUGAUUAGCUUAUUUUGGGGGGUUUUAAUUGUAAGGAACCACGUACAAUAUUAAACAUGUUCCCAUUUGAUGUACCAAAGUUAGCUUAAAGCUAAUGUUCAUCAGCAGAUCACAAUUAAAACACACAGGAGAGAGAAGAAGAGUUCUGAGAAGAGGAAACUGAAGGCGUGUCUACGUACUAAUCGUAAAGUCAACACACUAACAGGAACUGAAUACGUGUUCUGAUGUUAACUAACUUUCACUGCCAAUUAAACUUCACAGAGAGAAAAAUGUA